GUUUACGACGGAGUGUGCACGCACAGCGCGAGUGUCUGCAAAGUUGUUGAUCUGCUGUGCAAAGUGAACGGAGGUUAUCGAACGAUUCAUGAAAACAGAUUUGCAGGACAAAUUAAAACUGUAAAAGCUUGGCUGUGUUUGUUGGGUCGGUAUUUGGUAUUGUAAAGUAAAGUACAAAGGGAAGAAUGGAUACCGAUAAAAAAGAAGGCAGUGGUGAUGCCAAAGUGGAAGUAAAAAUGGACGCUGAAGCGGCAAAAGCUAAAGAAAAGAGACGUACGCGCAAAGAUUCAUCAAAUAGCCAGAAUAGCAGACACUCUGAGUCUGGAAAUGGUAAUGGAGUGUCAAACGGCGCAGUAAAACGUGCAGGAAAAAUCGGUGAUCGUAAAUCCCGCACAAUUUAUGGCAGGGGAUUGCCAAAGAAAGGUGGUGGAGGGGGCAAAGGAACAUGGGGCCGACCCGGCGAGGAAUUAUUAACUGACGGUGUUAUGGAUAAUAAAGAUCCAAAUUAUGAUUCAGAAGAGCAAGACAACGAUAUUAUGUACAAGCCUGUCACACCAGUGUGGAGUGAAGAUGAAAUUAUAAAGACUUUACAACCAAUUAUCAAAGAAUAUUUUGAACAUGGACAGCAGGAUGAAGUCCAUGAAUCGGUUGAAGGUCUUAAUGUAUCCGAUCGCAAAUACAUGGUGAUUGUGGUGUUGAUAACACUCGCUAUGGAGAAGAAGAAUGAAUUCCGAGAGCUGGCAUCUCUGUUGUUGAAAAGAUUAGUCGCACCAUUGUCAUCAAAAAAUGACAGCGGAGAAAAUGCUUCCAAGAUAAUAUAUUAUGCAAACGCCGAAGAUUUGAGUCAUGCAUUCUUAGAUCUUUGUGAUAGUUUACCUGAGCUGGUACUCGAUACUCCUGAUGCAGCAAAAGUACUUGGAAGAUUUCUGGCUCGUGCAAUUUCAGAAAAGAUAAUCGAAGAGAAAAUUUUGAGCCGAAUUAUUGAAGCUGCUUCUCUGAAUGAUGAUGAAUACGGAAAGUCUUGCGCAAAAGAAGCGCGUUUGCUCUUGAGUAUUCCGCAUUAUAAUUUGAGUCACAUUUGGGGAGUCGGAGGUGGAAACCAACCCAUGAUUUUACUCAAAAAGAAAAUUAAUCUGUUGUUGAAAGAAUAUUUGUCAUCUGGUGAUUCCGAGGAAGCAAUACGUUGCAUAACGGACCUCGAUGUCCCUCAUUUUAAUCACGAGGUCGUUUACGAGGCUAUCAUUAUGUUGAUUGAGUUAAGCAAUGAACGCUCUGCAAAUAUGAUGGUCCACCUUUUCAAAAGACUCGCUGAUACUGUCGUUGUUACUGCAGACCAGCUCGUGCAUGGAUUUAAGAGAGUCUAUGGAGAAAUAUCAGACCUGAGUAUCGAUGUUCCGAAGGCAUAUCCACAGCUGCAAAAUUUUGUGAAGAAAUGUCAUGAUCUCCAAAUUAUUGAUGCAAAACUGAUGAUGUCUGUGCCAACAAAAAGUCGUAAGCGGUUUGUCAGCGAAGGCGAUCAUGGGAGAUUCAGCGGAGGAAAAUAUGGCGAUCGCUUUUUUGACUUAGCAUAGACAACAUGCUUGUCGGUGAUUUUGUUGAGGUUUUAUGUUUUUAUUGAUUUCUGUAGGUGGCACGGUAAAUCUCAAUGCUUGUUCUAUGCGAUAAGUUCCAGGAAACUACAAACUGUGGAAAAAAAUUCUCUUUACAAUAUUUUUACUCAGUUAUCAAAAAACACUUCGUCUUUUGCACUGUACUCUUUCACAUAUUAUGAGCGAUGAUGAUUAUGGUUUAAUAAAGAUGUCAAUUUAUCAUCUAAAUGCAGUUUGCUUGCAAAUUGUAACAAAUAAUUUGCUAGAGAUAAUGAUUUAAAUCUUUCAUCAUGUUUCAAUGAUAUUCUUGAUCUGAUUCUUCUAAAAUCCUGUAUUUUUGUUGAUUGUUUAUUAUAUUAUUUGCCUUUUAAUUUCGAGCAUACACAAAGUUUUGCAAAAAAAAAAAUUUUCGACAAAUUGAGAACAUUAUUUACAUAAUAUGGUUACUGUUGUUUCACAUUGAUAUUUCAGGCCACAACCUAUGCGUAUCUAAUUUUUCUGAAGACGAUAAAUUUUUCAAACGUUUCUGAUUUUGCAAUUUUAAGCAAAUGAAAUUCCUAAUUUCAUUGGGAAUACACGAUGUGUCCCAAUCCUGACAUUUUGUUGCGGCAAAGCGAUAUACAACUAUAAAAACGUUUUCGUAUUUCUAGUCCUUGCUUUACUAACAGGAAAUCAUGUUUAAAUAUUGUUCCUCAGAAUCUCAGGACUUAUUAAAUAACAAAUUGGAAAAGUGACUGAUAAUAUGAGUCAAGACUUCUUAGUUGUAUUUUCCCAUACAUUGUUUGGUGUUCUCUGUUCCGAAUCUUCUGGUCAAUCCCUGGCAUAAUAUGAAUAAAAAUGUUCAAGAUGCAACAACAAUAUUAUUUGAAUACUUCACAGAUAAUUUGAAACCAAUUUUUUUUAAUCAUUUCUUUUCAUUGUGUCAAAAGUAAAACUUGCUUUUCAAAAAUUCCUCUCAAUCACAGAAAACCGCUGCACUGUAGAUUUAGGUCAGAAUCUUAUUGUUGCUUAUGGCUAGUUUAUGGCAUAAUCUUCCUUCAUAUUUUGAAAUUUCUUGGGUGCACGGUUAUGUAAGAAAAUAUGAUAUAAUCUGAAAAUUAUGAUUAUGUUUUAACUUGAUCAUUUCCUAUGACAAAAUGAAUUCUAGAUUCACAAGAAUUAAGUACCCUGACUAAAAUAAUUUAGUACUAAUGUAUUUCAUCUUACUGGUCCAUAAUCCACUUAUCUUGUGCUCAUGUCUGACAACAGGCAACAUAUUUGUCAGGCCCAUCAUUGUAUAAUGAAUAAGAAGAAGAUUCUUUAUGUUUCUGAUAUUAUGAAAGAAUGUCCGAGACUCCUUGCUCAGUAUUCUGCACCACAGAAUCAAAGAGCAUUUUGCAUUCAAAUUAUGUCCACGAGUAAUUGAUGAUCGUAAUGAAGAUUAUUUUUUAUUUGAAUUAGUGGUUAACCCUUAAUUAGUUUUUUGCAUUUUUGUUUAUAUUAAACCUGCGUUUUGUGUGGAAUUUACUGUCGUUGAAGGAAUGCGGUGUGGAUUUGUAAAUAAAGGUUGCAAAGAAACUGUUUA